AUGAUUCAACCACGCAUGCUUUCUCGGGCCGACGAGGCCACGGCCACUGGUGAGGAGAAUGAAGUGCGUCGUGAAGACCAGGAAAAGAUCAACCGAUUCAGUCGAUUACAUCAACGGGAGAGUGUCCUAGAGGAGCAGUUGAAAUCCAAGCAGAAAGACAAAGAAGAUCUGGAAGAAAUCUCCACCGAACUUGAACUUGCUGAUGAAGACGAGCUCGUCCCCUACAAAAUCGGCGACGCCUUCUUCCACCUCCCUCUUCCAGAUGCCCAGUCCAUGCUCGAGACUUCCACGGCGCAGAUUGAUGCGGAUGUGUCAAAGCUCGAGGACUCCCUGGGUGAAUUGAGAGACGAGAUGCAGCAACUCAAGGUCUCUCUUUAUGCGCGAUUCGGCAGGAGCAUUAACCUGGAAACCUAG